AGGAAAAGUAAGCCAACAAGGCCAAAGGUCAACCAAAGAGAAGAGGUUUAUGAUGAACCAGACCCUGUAAGUAAAAACAACAACAAAAGCCAAAACAAUUCUUGAUUUAGAUAUUUACAAAAUAGUUAUAUCCCUACACUAGUGAAUGUCAAGCUCUAUAAUUAAACACCAGUUAUGUGACUAUGGCUGAAGAAGUUGUUUUUCAUUUCUAUUUACAGCUUUGCACAGCUAAUAAGGCAGACUUUUAAAUUCCGAAUUAACUGAUAGUGAACUACAUCCCAUCACACAUGUAAAGUUUUAGAUUUUUCCUUCAUUACUGAGAUUAUUGGAUAAUUUUUAAGGUUACCAGAACACUAUUCUCAGACUUGAUUCAUGAUCAACCUAAAGUUGUAAAAUCUACAGCCUUACAUUUACAGCACUUAGUUAAGUUUAAACUAGUUAGUAUUCAAGGGAUAUGAUUAUUUCUCUUUAAAACUGUUGAAUAUUUGUAAUAUUGUCUGAUCUUUAACAGAACAAAGAAGAUUUUUUCUAUGAUGAUGUUGAUAAAUUUCAUGCUGAAAGAGAAAAGGUGAGAUGGCCUCUGUAAGAGUAAUGAGUGGUUAAUCUGUAUAUGGUGAUAUUCUUGAUAAAUAUAUAUAUUAUAUACCAGUAAUGGUGUUAAUAUUGUACAUGAAGUAUGGCAUUAGCUUAAGCAUAAAUUAUUGUUACUGGGAAUAAAAGAUUGUCCUUCUUUUCAGGGGCACCCAACAAGAAUAUAGUUCAAAACCACUUAGACAUAGCAUUGUUAAACAUAUUUUAGUAUUUAACGGUAGAUAUAGGCAUAUUUUUAUCCCCUGAAAAUGUUUCAUCUAUUCGGAUUUCCUAGCUGAAAUUCUAGUGGUCCGAAAAUUUUAGGGAUCAAAGCAUGCCUUUUCUAAAAUUUCAGCCACAAAAAAGCCUCUCGAAAACUCUAGGUGACCUUUUUAGGGUAAAAAUCCAUUAAAAAUGGGCAAUUAUACCAUUUUUUUAGAUGUUCAAAAGUCCUAGGAGAGGGAAGCAAGCAAAAAAUUUCACAACAAAUGUUUGGAAAAUUCUAGAUCUCAAAUCGUCUUCCAAACAGAUAUUUUAAGAAAAUUGACGUUGGGUGCCCCUGUUCUUUUGUCAAAUAAAGGGCUUCAUCUCUAAGCCAGGGGCUAGUUGAAUUGUGAUUGCCUUUUUUUAAGUGCUAAAUCUAUUUCUGAUUUAACAAAUUAUACAGGCCCCAGUUAUUCAAACGUUGAAUAGUCCUAUCAAUUGGAUAAAUCACUAUCCAAUGGAUAAGUAUUAGGGAAACCAAAUGUGUUAUCCAGUGGAUAGAGAUUUAUCUAGUGGAUAGUGUUAUCCACCUUUUGAAUAACUGGGCCCUGAUGUGACAACUUUUUUCUUGUUGGUUUCAGAUUCUGCUUGAUAGCACUGCAUAUGAUGAAGAUGGGAAUUACCAGUCUAGUGAUGACAAUGGACAGGUAUGAUACAAAAUUUGUAUCAUAUUAAUUCUUACUAAGGUAUCAGUAACAACAAAUAUAGCUGCAUUGACAUAUAUUUUUCUGCUGAGUGUACUUGAACAUUUCGUUUCUGCCUUGUGUAGGUUGAGGAUGUAAUGGCACUUAAUAUUGAUGAAUCUGAUGAUGACGACAGUGAGUUUAAUGCUGAGGAUAAUGGUGAUGAAGAUGACUUUGAGGAUGAAAAUGAAGAUUUGUAUGAGGUCUAGCUACAUGUAUUUCACUUCAUACUGAUCUGUUUUAUAGAUUGUUCAUUUGUUUUCAGAUAUGUGCUGUGGUUGGUGAUUAGAAAUAAUUCUUUGUGUAUUGACUAUGUACAGUGUACAUCUAAUUUUACAGGAAGAUGAAGGAAGCGAAAAUGAGAAGGACAAUGAAAAAGGUACAUGCAAAUAAUACUUUUUUGUUCCAUUAUUGUUGUUAUUUUUUUUGCCCUUCAAACUUUGUCAUUUAAGUCUUUUUCAACUUUGUUACAGAUAUUCCAAGUCAGAAAUCCUGGGGAAGGAAAAAGGCUUCUUUCUAUGAUGCUGAUAUGGUUGAGGAAUAUGCAGGUGACCAACUUUAGCUACAUGCUCCUUAUAUUUGAACAGCAGAAAUAAAAUAGACCCAUCUUCUUUUCUCCCUCCUUCUUCUUCCCUUUGUGCCUGUAUUUCCAGCUAGCAUUAAUUUGUUUUGACUUAACACAGUGACAGUCCAACAUUAUACUUAUCUAUGUAAUGUACAUGUAACCCUGGUAUAAUGAAUGAUAUCCUUUUGCUCUAGUACUGUUGUUGUAGUAAAAUGUAUGGACCAGGAAUUCAGUAUACCUGUACAUUUGAAGACUAUUAUUUUUUCUCUUCCUUGGCACUUUGUCUUAUCAGGGUUCCACUGUUACUGUUGUUUUUUUGUUGCCAGGUUCCGAUGAAGAGAUGGAUAAGCUGGCUGAAGAGGAAGAAGAAGAAGCUUUGGCAUUACAGAAACACAUGGCUGCCUGCUUAGAAGAACAAGACUUUGAUACUGCUGAAUUUGAGGUGAGAUCAUCUUGGUCACUUACAAGUCACAGGCACAACAGUUGACCAGAACUAACCCAGUUUCUGUAGCAUGAAGCAAUUAUGCGUCAGAAAUACCAGUACAAUAGCUCCUUCUUUCCUUUCAGCAUUUAACAGACUUUUAAUAGAAUAAUUAAUUAAAGUGUCUAUCUGUCUGGCAAAAUGCAUACACAGGUACUGUAUUUCUGACUAUACUCAUGUAGUGGCUAACUUGAUAUUCCUUUGUUGAUAAACAGUAAAAUCAUCCUCUCUAUCAAAUGGUUGUCGUCUUCUCUUUUUUUGCCAGAAGGCACUUGAGGCCUUCACCAACCUCCAACCAAAAUGGUACAUACACAGGUUACCUGAAGGUCUGACAUUUUCUACUUUAGGGCUAUUAGCUAUGAUUUAAGUCGAACUAUAUAACUACAUGUACAGUACUAUGUUAAUGAGUUUCAUAUUUGACAUAGUUUAUGAAUUUCUUUUCCAUCAUUUUGUAGCUUCCAAAACCAGAUUACAAAAAAGAAGCGCAAGAUCCAAUAAAUAAGGUAAGAAUUGAAUAAACUAGAUAUAGAAUAAAAUAAUGUAAAUGAGCUUGCCAUAUUAUUAUAAACUCUCUUUUUUUUUAGGAAAAGAUAGUGCAGGACCUUUCAAAGUUAUCUAAAGCAGAAAAAAUUCAGGUAAUUAUUGAUAUGAAAUUUUUCAAUAUUUCUCUACAUUAUUUUAAACAACCUUACUCAAACUGACUUUUAUUAACUAAAUAAAGGAUAUUUCAUGUACAUGGCGGUGCAGAGAUAAAAAAUGAUGCGAUUUAAUAUGUAGUCAUAGCGAUGGUAAUCUUUUUAAGUGUGUCAGUGAAGACUGUAACAUGUUAUUUGUGAAGAUAUCAUGUUUUCACGUGAAAGCUCACUGGUAUUUCAUUGGUGGUUAUAACUUGAUAUAGGCUUUUUCAUUCUGCUCUUCAAGAUUUACACUUAUUUAUUGCCCCCAGACUUCUGUACAGCUUAAUCAGACUAAUGAGGUUAAUCCAAUUUCUUUUCUGUUUCUUUUGAUUUUUUCUCACACGCACAUUUUUUAAUUAGCAGUUAACAGAAGCAAUUUGAUAGCAAAAUAAAUGACUGGACAAGCUGAAACAACCAAACGUUAAUUUGAAAAUCAGCAGUAGAAACUCUUUUUAAAAGCCAAUCGAUUUUUUUCCUUAUCUGAGGCCAAUGCCAUCUAUUUUCCAAUUUCUUUUAACAGAUCCUGGUGAAAGACUCUCCAGAACUCUUUCAACUCAUAGAUGAAUUCAAGUCAAAGGUGAAAGUGACUUACUAGAUUAUUUUAAAAAGUGCUAUUCGUAAACUUAUAAAUAUGUCGUAAAGAAAAACAAAAGAAAUUAAUGCUUAAUAAAUGUCUUUAUAUUUGAUAAAGACUCAACUAAGCUUUAUGUCCAAUUUUUUAGACCAAAAUAACCCCAAAUCUAAAUAGUAGUUCAGGAAUGAGUUAAUCUAUAUCAGAGAUUUUGUAGCGGUUCAACAAACUCGCAGUCGUGUAUUAAGCCCAGCUUGAGUAAUUAAACCUGAUAAUACACUCCUGCUCUUUGUUUAAACAGUACAUAAAAGUGAAAACAUGUUAAUAAUAAUUAUUUUAUAUAUUUUUUAAGUACUUUUGUGCACAAAAUGUGAUGUACUUGUGUGUUGGACUAACAGACUUCAAUGUGGAUUCUUUAUAUUAGCUAAAGGAAGUGAUAGAAAAGCUUCAUCCUCUUGUAAAGAUGGCAAGAGCUGGGCAGAUCCCUAAAGAGGUACAUUAUGUAAUUAUAUGUACUCGCUAAAGUGGAGCUGUUUGACGUUUUGUUCACCCACAAACAACUAGAGAGUUUGUAUUAAAGACACCACUGCGACUUGUCCGCUGUAUUUUUUGGUUUGAAACCUUUGUGUACUUUCGUUGUUUUCAGAGGUUUUCUUAGGUUUUAUUUCUCCUCUAAGAGCUUAAAGUUUGUUUAAGGACACACACAAGCUUAAAACUUUGUUAUCAAAUGAAGUGCAGGAGUUAAUCUGUUCCCGUACAAUCCCGGUUUUGUUGUCUCCUCUCAUAACUUAACUUCCAGCAUGAGCUAGUAAAGUCAUGUAAGGCUGAUUUACUUGAAUGUUUAACAGCUGUUCUUGUUUGUUACAGGGAGCAAACUACCUUGAACUGAAACAUCAACUCUACCUCAAGUAAGAGUUUUAAAUAAUACGUAAAUUAUUAUCCCCCCCCCCCCCAAAAAAAAAAAAAAAAAAUUCUGCUGGGAUGUUAUUAGUUACCAUAAUACAAGUAAGGGCUAUUGACUGUAAUUUUUUAAAACUUGUCUUUUUUUGUUACAGAGAAAAAACCCCUUUAAAUUAAAAAUUCACCCUUACCCCAAUAAAAGUUUUUAAAAAUACCUAAAUUAAUUAUCCCCCCCCCCCCCCAAAAAAAAAAAAAAAAAAUUCUGCUGGGAUGUUAUUAGUUACCACAAAUUGCUUUGUACCUUACUGGACAUUUGGUGACGCUGAUAAUGCUGCAAUAAUUGACAUCGGUCAGUGAAUCCAUGUAGAUUUAAAAGUCUGCUAGUAAUAACAAGACAAAAUAAUAAAAAUAAGCAGACCCAUUGGAAGUGAUCGUUUUUUUUCUCGUAGUUACUGUAUCAACAUUGGGUUUUAUCUGCUCCUCAAAGCCAAGAAAUUAUCUGCAAGGGAUCACCCUGUGAUGGAAAGACUCGUACAGUAUCAGAAGGUUUGUUCGUUGUCACUGCCUGAAGACUUUUGAAGGAAACCGGUCGUUUCGUUACGAACUUGAGCUAGCCUGUUCACCGUCCCCGUACUUUCUCUUUAGAGAUCGUCAAGCGCGCGUAUUGAAUUAAAAUUCGGGAGGCGGGAGGAUUCAUUGACCGCAAGUGCAAGGGGUUUGAUGGCGCUGUCGAAUUGUCGAAAAGAAAAGAAACACGUCUGUGGUAAGGCUAAACUUGAGCGGUGGAACUGCGCAAAAAUUUCCAUCACUUAAAGUAAGCGCCUGAACAAGAAAAACAUUGACACGAAUAGGCGAACUACGGGAAACUAUUUACAAACCGACUGAAUCAACUUGAAUUGAAGCGACUUUGUAUCGAAACGACCGGUAAACGUUUUGAAAGGCACAGACAUAAUAGUUAAAGCGUUGUUUUAUUGUUCGUUCGUUCUAUAGUUCAUUCAUUUCUUUUUGUUAUUAUGAUUGUUCUCAGUUUUGUAACUACUACUACUGCCUAUCAUUGUUGUUGAUUUUUUCUUGUAGCUAAUCAAAGAACUCGAACCUCUGGAUGAAAAAUUAAAACCGGAGAUCGAAGAACUUCUUUCACAAAGCCGGGUCUUCGAUAAAAAUGGUACGGUU